ACCGUCUGAGCAGCUAUACGGCAGCAGCAGUCAGCCAAGACCGAAAAACACACAAAAAUACAGUUUUCCAUUCAAGAGAAAGUGCGUUCGCCGCCGAACUACGUGAAAGUGUAGUGUGGACCCACAAAGGACUAUCCAAAAGAACCCAAUUCGAAAACCGUGCAAGAACAACUAAAAAAACCAACCAAUUCAAAACGCAAAAUGGCAAGCCAUAAAGUUACUUUCGGUGUCUUGUGUCUGGUCGCCCUGAGCGCCGCCCUUCCCGCCGAGGAGACGCGCGGCCACGCCCGCAACGCCAUCGGCGGCGAGAACGACAUUAUGGAUAGCAUCUACAGCGACUGCCUGCGCAAGGACUCCGUCUCGUGCGUCAAGUACAAGCUGUUCAGCUUCGUGGACAAGGUCCUCGGCGCCCGCGACCAGUUCGCCCUGACCGAGGGCGUGACCGUGGUCCGCUCGCCGGACGCCCCGCAGCAGGAGGCCGCCCGCUCCAUCUCCGGCGACGAGUCGUUCGAGUCCCUGGCCCUGAACCGCAUCAGCAGCUUCCUCAACUCGCACACCAUCAAGGUGGAGCUGAAGGGCGCCGACAUCGUGCAGGCCGUUAGCUCCACAGGCCGCGCCCUCGAGGACGCCUCCGAAUCGCUGUUCGGCUCCAACGACCCCAACGCCCCCGAGGAGAGCCGUGGCAAGAAGAAGAAGGCCGCCAAGAUCCUGGGACCCAUCCUCGCCCUGGUCGCCUUGAAGGCCGCCGCCCUGCUGCCCCUGCUCCUGGGCGCCAUCGCCCUGAUCGCCGGCAAGGCCCUGCUCAUUGGUAAGAUCGCCCUGGUGCUGUCCGCCGUGAUCGGGCUGAAGAAGCUGCUGUCGCAGGAGAAGCACGUGACCUACGAGGUGGUGGCCCACCCACACCACAGCAGCAGCCACUCAGCGAGCCACGACUCGUACGGCAGUGGCUACAGCGCCGAUGCCGGAGCCUCCUCGGCCUCCUACGGCAGCAGCGGUCACGGCGGCUGGGGACGCUCCAUCGACGCCCAGGACCUGGCCUAUGGUGCCCAGAAGCCCGUCCAGGCCUAAGUCACAGGAUCACCAGCGCAAGCACACCACAAAUCAAAAUCACUCAAGAAGAAGAAUCAGAAUCAGAAUCGCGAACACACACGAGACUCUCGAUGAGGAACACACAUUAUUUAUCGUUCGUUUUAAUUAAUUUAUUAAUUUAAUUUAUUUUAUUUAUUUCUCCAAGCAAUGAAAACGAAAAAGAAUGAAUCGCACACACGCAAGAUAAUGUUAAACCGGACAGAAACCAGAACAGAACAGAAUCAGAACCAUAUAUGUUAGUUGUUAAAACUGAUGAAGCUAAAGUUAAGUUUGUAAAAAGAGCGGCCAGCGAGAGUUACCCCACAAGUUGCAAAUACUCAGCCUUAAGUCUAAGCUCGCACAGCACUUCCCGAACCAUCAGCACCUCGAUCACCCGACUGCAUCUAUUCGUAAUGCACUCUCAUCUGUCAGUCUAUAUCUAUAUCUAUAGCUACAACUACAUCUACAUCUACAUCUCCAUCUAUUUCUAUCUUUCUAUCUGUGCUUCCAUCUUAAACUGCAUACUGCCUAUACCAAAACUCUGCCGAUUGCCAUGCAAUCGAAGCAACGUACAAAUCCUAACUCUACAAUCUAUACCUGUACUCUAUACUCUGCCUGUUCAACUAUGUUCUUCACAUGCAAUUCUAGUCUUACAAUACAACACCAGCAACAAGCAUGCCUACUAUUAGCUUUAACUCCUCUAGCUCUAACUCUACGUCUUUCUCUAUCUCUAUCUCUACCUCUAUCUCGAUCUAUGCUAUAUCUUCUGAAAAACUAUCCUACUCUAUCCACGACUAUCCUUCAUUUUCUCGCCUUCAACUGAGUCAUAGUUUUGGUCAUUCGCAUGCCAUCACUUGCCAUAGGUCUCCGAACACACAUCGCCACACCAAACUGAACUCAUUUUCCGGCUCUACCUCGGAGCCACUAUUUCCUCACUCGACACUCGACUUCCACUUCGACUCUUCAACUUUCUCAUUUCUCCUAUCUGCCAUCUCUUUCCGCCGUCCUCUGCUGCCUCUGCAUCUGUCACUUUCUAGCGCUCUACUUUCCCAAAAAACAAAGCCCACUACUACUCACACACCCAGUAAUUCCCCGUAAUGUUAAACAUAUUUUUUUUCAAUAUCUUAACUCCUUAAGCGUACUUUAUGCAUCCGAGCGACUCGAAGCGCUUGUCGGCCCGAUUGGUGUCGGGCUCACCUGCCCUGUGGACCUAAACAGAUUUUUAAUUAUCAACUUAAAAAUACCUUGUUUAUGACAUUUGGAGGGCCCUCUAGCCAGCGGCCGCAAGUUUCGAGUCGCCAGCACGGCGUCUACUUUAAUUUAAAUAUUUUAAGCAAAGUCGUACGGCGCUUUCACAACCUUAUAACUCCGGCAACAGUAGUAAGAUGACGAUGAAGACGAAGAAGAAGCGUGAAGCUGCAGAAGUGGGCAACUCACACAGAUCACAAACUCUCUCACAAAAGAAUGUAAAUUCCAUAGACUACAAUACCCCCUCUCUCUGUCACACAUGCAUGUCAUUAAA